CUUGUUCUCCCAUGAUUCUCUUUUGUUUUCAGAGCCAUGAUGCGGGUGUGCUGGUUGGUGAGACAGGACAGCCAGCAUCAGCGAAUCAGACUUCCCCAUUUGGAAGCAGUUGUGAUUGGUCGAAGCCCAGAGACCAAGAUCACAGAUAAGAAAUGUUCCCGACAGCAAGUCCAGUUGAAAGCAGAAUGUAACAAGGGCUAUGUCAGAGUAAAGCAGGUGGGGGUCAAUCCCAGCAGCAUUGACUCCGUCAUCAUUGGGAAGGACCAAGAGAUGAAGCUGCAGCCUGGCCAGGUUCUCCACAUGGUGAAUGAGCUUUAUCCAUAUAUUGUAGAGUUUGAGGAAGUAGCAAAGAGUCCUGACCUAGAAACACAGAAGAAGAGAAAGAGGUCAGACUGUGAUGGUGAAGAAAUGGAUGCUGCUCAGGACAGUGAGUCCGGGACAGGGCAAGCACCUGAGAGCAGCCCCAGCCAGUGCGCUGUGCCUUCUAAGAAGAGCAAGGAUGGAGCCACCAGAGAGGAAUCCGUGGGCCACUGGAGUCAAGGCUUGAAGAUUUCUAUGAAGGAUCCCAAAAUGCAGGUCUACAAAGAUGAUCUGGUGGUAGUGAUUAAGGACAAAUAUCCCAAGGCCCGUCACCAUUGGCUGGUCUUACCGUGGGCCUCCAUUUCCAGUCUGAAGGCUGUGACCAGCGAACACCUUGAACUUCUCAAACACAUGCACACCGUGGGGGAAAAGGUGAUUGCAGAUUUUGCUGGAUCCAGCAAACUGAGCUUCCGCUUGGGUUACCACGCCAUUCCCAGCAUGAGCCAUGUACACCUUCAUGUGAUCAGCCAGGAUUUCGAUUCUCCUUGCCUUAAAAACAAAAAACAUUGGAAUUCCUUCAAUACAGAAUAUUUUCUGGAAUCACAAGCUGUGAUCAAGAUGGUUCAAGAAGUUGGCAGAGUGACUGUUCAAGAUGGGACUUCUGAGCUCUUGAAGCUGCCUCUUCGCUGCCACAAGUGCCAGCAGCUGCUGCCUUCCAUCCCGCAGCUGAAGGAGCACCUCAGGAAGCACUGGGGCGGGUGACGCUCUCCCUGGCACCUGAGUGCCGUGCCUGUGCCCCGUGCAGCCCUGAACUAAAGCACGCAGCUUUCCGAAACAAAGCUUAUUUAUUCUUGAGCAGCCCCACGUCGGGGGGCUGGUUAGUUCGGGAAUUGGAAAUUUGGGUUUGUAUGGUGUACUUUGGUGAUGGAAGCUGGCACAUGCCUGAUCAUCCUUUCCUCGACCAUGCCAGGCCUGACUAAUGGGGUGGUGACAAAGCCAGCCCAAGACUCAAAUGCAGGCUGGAGAAGCACAGUCUGGUCAUAUGCUUUGUUCCUGCUCCGGACCGUGCAGUAUCUUCCUCAGGGUAGCUGAAGUUCUGAGGGCUUCUAGCUCUCGGACUUUAAUCUGCUCUACGAUAGUCUUCCCUCCACGAGGAGGCUUUCAGCAGGCUGAGUGUCUCGGUGACAGUGUGUGACAGUCCUCUGCACAGAGAUGCCAGGGCAGAGGGGGUUAACAGUCCAGUCUGUGCUGAGGACGUCUGGGCAGUGUGUACUGUCAGCUUCAGGCAAAGGUCUUACUGCGACCUCAGUCAUGGCUCUUGAGAAUUACAGAACAUACAGCACACCAGAUACAGUUUCCCCAAUGUGCCUUGGAAAAACAGAUGUUGCAAAGGACACUUCAGUUAUUUCUAAUUUAGCAUAUCAAUAUUAAAAUAAAUAUUUGAUUAGAAACUGCAAGGAGUGCUUGUAUCAGACAGUGUAAGAAUGUCAGUUGUAAUGACGAACAAUCGAAGAAUGAGGUGACCAUGCUCACAUUCUUCAUUCUGCCCUAAACAGAUUGUUUUAGGGCUGGAGAGGUGACUUAAUGGUUAAGAGCGUGUGCUGCUCUUCUAGAGAAUCUGAGUUUUGUUCCCAUCACCCACAUCAGGCCGCUCACAACCAUCUAUAGGUCCAAGGGGUCUGACGCCCUCUUCUGACCCCCAUGGGCACUGCACCCCAGUGCACAAAUCCAUUUAUACACAUGCACAUUCAUACAUAAUUAAUACUUUAAACAUUAGAUCUUUGGAGGGAAAAAUG